AUGAAAGUGACGGCAAUGAAAGAUCACCGAAAUCUUAAGUCAGUUCAAACCUCAAAGAUCUUUAGCGACCUUAAAGCUUAUGAGUUUGAACAUGAACCAAAGGUCUCAGAAGAACCAGAACUAAGAAAUAUAGCUCUUGUUGCAAGUCAACAACCCUCUACUUCAAGCAGGUCAAAAUCUAACCCCUCAGAUUUUUUAUCUGACGAACAAUUUACCUUGUUUGUAAGGAAGCUCAAAAGGUUCAUGAGGAAGAAUAAUUUUCAAGAUUCUCAAGCUUCACCAAGCUCCUCAAACCGAAAGUAUCCUGAGAGAUCAGAUGAUAGAUCCAACAAUUUCAAAAGGCGUGAACCCGAAGAAGCUCAAAUGUUGUGCUACAACUGUAGAAAGCCUAGACAUUUCAAAGUAGAUUGUCCAUAUCCAAUGGCCCGAAAGCACUGGGAUCAAGAUCAAAGCACCAGGAUCAGGAUCAAAGUGGACUCGGGUUCUUUGUAG